GGCUGCUUGGGAUUUCCCUGUUAUUCGCUAUCCAAGUGCUACCUCCAACAUCCCUUCCCAUCAACCGGCAGGUGUGUUCACUGGGCAAUUGACCAGAUUUGAACGCAUCUGCAAUAAUUGGCAGGACUUCCGAACUGCAGCGACAACACUCACUCGUCGCAUGCCCACCAACCCUCGCUAAAGGAUGAACCUGCUACACACGCUCCCGCCAACGUCGCUAUCGUACACACGUCACCCUGUCUCUUAUACACAUCUAGAUGUGUAUAAGAGACAGUACAUUAUACGAAGUUAUACGUGCUGCUAAUGCAGUUCCCACUGUUGCGGUUCCCACCGCCGCCGCUUCCACCGCUGUGGUCUCCACUGCUGCAGUUUCUACUGCUGCUGCCGCUAUGGUCUCCACUGUUGCAGUUUCUACUGCUGCUGUUUCAACUCCGGGUUUCACUCCAGCAGUUUCUGCUACGGAAGUUGCCUCCGCUGCUCGUCCUGUCACUGCUUGUUCAUCUGCUGCUAAUGCAGUUCCCACUGUUGCRGUUCCCACCGCCGCCGCUUCCAUCGCUGCCGCUUCCACCGCUGUGGUCUCCAUUGCUGCAGUUUCUACUGCUGCUGCCGCUAUGGUCUCCACUGUUGCAGUUUCUACUGCUGCUGUUUCAACUCCGGGUUUCACUCCAGCAGUUUCUGCUACGGAAGUUGCCUCCGCUGCGGUCCCUGCUACGGAAGUUGCCUCUGCUGCGGUUCCUACUACAACAGUUGUCUCUGCUGCGGUUCCACUUUUUACCACUUGCUCUGCUUCUGUACCUCGAAUUUCUCAUGCUAUAGUUUUUACUGCGGGCUUGGCGUGGAGUGAUAUCUUUCUUGGAGAGGAUGGAGGAGGCGAUGGUGUUGUCAGUGCGGAUGGUGAAGUAUUGCCCKUCGAGGUACGGGCGCCAGACUGUGAGGGCGUGAAUCACGGCGAGGAGUUCCUUCUCGUUGGAGGGGUAAUUCAUCUCCGCGGGAAGGAGCUUCUUGCUUGCGAAGGCGAUAGGGUAUUCGCCAGGUGGAGCCUCGGGGUGAGUGGGCGAGUCCUUGAUGGAGGGGGUCUCGGCGGUGUCGCGGGGGAAAUGUUGGGACAGUACGGCUCCGAUGGCGAAGUCGGAGGCGUCAGUGGUGACAUAAAAAUGUCGAGUGGGGUCGGCGAUCUUGAGGACAGGGGCCGUGGUGAUGGUUUGCUUGAAUGCGUCGGGGUCAGAUGUGGUGAACUCGUCUGRGGAAGUGAUGGAGGUGGUGUCUUCGGAGGUGAUGUGGUGGAAAAAGCGGGUGCGGGAGGUGCCGAGGGGGGCCUGGUGGUGGGGGUGGAGGAGUCGAUCGUGGUGGAGCAUGCGAGAGAGGAGGUCAGCAAGGGGCAUGUCGGGUUCGUGGGCGAGGGCGGUUGCAAGGUCUUUGUGGCAUACUCGUUUGAUGCGGGAGAUAAACGCACAGUCGGGAAUGACGGUGURGGGGAGGUGGUGUCGGAGGGAGCGGACGUAUUGGACGAAGCGGUCCGUGGGACCGGUCUGGCGGAGGUGGCAGAAUURUUCAAGGUAGUCGUCAAUGGUUUUCUGGGGGCGGAAGGUGGCAGUGAGGAGGGUGGCCCAUUGGAGGAAGGUGGGGCGUGGUCCUCCGGAGGCUCGGCGGUUGCUAGCUUCAGCCAUCCACCAUUUGGUUGCAUUGCCGAGGAGGCGGGAGGUGGCAAUGGAGAGCCAGUGGGCAAGGGGCAUGUGGUGGAGUUGAAAAGAGUUCUGAAGCUGGGUGUGGUCGAUUUGGUUGUUGUCCUCAAGGAGGUAGUUGGGUGGAAGUUGUGGCAUUGCGGGGAAAGCCCCGGAGGUAACUUGGGAAUAGGUGGGACGGAUGGUGGGGAUGGUGGAGGUGGUCAUGAUGGGUUGGGAGAGGGUUUGGGAGUGCGUGGGGGGAAGAGGAGUGACUUUGAUGGGCGAGGAAUGAGGCGAGGUGGUAGGAGUGGAGGAGGUCGGCGGGGGGGUGUUGCUAGAGGCGGCUGUGGAGGUUGGAGUGGUUUGCACAGUGGAGGUUGGAGUAGUUUGCGUGGUGGUGACGACCGUGAUGGGGGGGUGGUCCCUUCGAGCGUGGUGACGCGGUCGCAUAAGGAUGACACGUUGGCCUUUAUGUCGUCGAGAAAGGCGGUGACGGAGUUGAGUGCGUGGAGGAUGGCAGAGAGGUCGGGGGUGGUGGUGUUCGCUGGUGGUUGUUCGCCGGCAAGGUUGCGGGCGAUGCUAUCGACUGAGUCGGUGCGGAGGGUGCCCAUAUUGAUGCUGGAAGCACCGUCGGCCAUUGGGGUGGACGAAUGUGAGGCGGCGGGGGAAGACGGGGGGGAGGAAGUAACAGCAACAGGGGAGGCGGUAGCAGCAACAGCGGCAGUGGCAGCAGCGGCGGCCGCGGCAGCGGCGUUGGCGGCGGCGCGUUGGGAGUUUCUGGUGCUGCGGGUCAUGCGAAGAGUGGGGGGGGGUAGAAAGGGAGCUUAGGGGUUCGGUAGCAUACAAAGACAGAUUUGUCAGAGAUUUUCAGAAAAUAAAAAUAUUUAAAGAUU